AUCUCGGCCACAGUCUCAAUUUCAACGUCUACGGUGGAGGUUGUUGUCGCGGUCCGUGCAGUGUGCAGUGUGUUCGGUUAGGCUGUGCGCCACUUCAUCGAAAAGCACUCACGAGUGGUUCACGAUCCAUUUCUCACCAUCGGGUUCGUCGCUUGUGGUGUUGGUCGCCUCGAAAGAUCCGCUAGGCGAACGAAAAGUAAAGCAGCAUGAUCGGGAGUGACUACGUGCUUGAAGCACACAACAUCUACCACACAACCGAGGUUGAUACGGGCGGGUGCUUCAAUGGUGGCGGACAGUCGGCACUGGUGCUGAAGGGAGUGCAUCUGACGGUGCACAGUGGCGAGGUGAUGGCCAUCCUCGGUUCGAAGGGCAGUGGAAAGCGAGCGCUGCUGGACGUUAUCGCACGCCGUUCGGAUGGCUCGUCCCGUGGGCAGGUGCUGCUUAACGGUGCACCGCUAACGAAGUCACUGUUCCAGCAGCGCUGCGGGUACGUCACGCAUGCCUGUGACUUUAUCCCGGGACUGACCGUUUCCCAAACGCUUCACUACACGCCAACCAUCCUGGGAGGGUAUCUGAAAAGCUCCAAAGUACGCCAGGUGCUUGCCGAUCUUGCGCUUUCGCAGGUUUCCCACAAGAAGGUGGAAAAUCUCAACAUCAGCGAAAAGCGUCGGCUUGCGAUCGGCAUUCAGCUGGUCCGCGAUCCCGUGAUGCUGCUGCUGGACGAACCAACGCAAGGGCUCGAUCCGCUGAGCGCUUAUCUGCUGAUUAGCAUUCUGUCCAACUCGGCAAAGAAAACGGGAUGCGGGAUAUUGCUCUCGCUCGAGAAACCACGCUCGGAUGUGUUCCCUUUCUUGGAUAGGGCAUUAUUCUUGUGUUUGGGAGGUGCUGUGUAUUCCGGUGGUACUAGAGCUAUGCUGGAAUACUUCCAUGGAAUUGGCUUCCCGUGUCCACAGCUGGAAAAUCCUCUCAUGUACUAUCUCUGUCUGUCGACUGUGGAUCGAAGAUCUCGCGAUCGGUUCCUAGAGUCAAGUCAGCAGAUUGAGGCACUGGUGGAACGAUUCGCCCGUGAAACUCCUAUCCCGGAAGCGCCAAUCAACCCGAUCGGUAGUGGCAAGAUACCGCUGGCCUAUGGAAAACCUGGCGAGCUGAAAGUAUGGGGAAUACUGUACCUCCGUUUACUGGCAGCCACAUUCUCCUGCGGUUAUGCCGGUAUGAAGGCCCUGUUUCUGCGUCUGCUAGCACUUCCAGCAACGAUGGGAUUACUGUGGCUAUUCUACGGCCAAACUGGCGAUGAUGCACACGGCUUCUUCAGCAAGGGUGGCCUAAUCUUGAGUGUGCUUGCAUUGAGCUAUGGCGUCGGUAUCUGGACAACGAUUGCACUGUUUCCACCGUGGAGAAAGCGCUUCUGUCAGGAAUAUGCGGAAGGACUGUACACGGGCGCAACGAUGCUGAUUGCUUACAACACCGUUUCGAUACCGUUCUCCUUCAUCUCAUCGGCUGUGGCUGGCUGCGUCCUUUACCCACUCGUACUUGACCCAUCCAACCCUGACGGCAUGACGUUCACCUAUCUGCUGGUGGCAAUCUGGACCAGCUUCAUGCUAGCCGAGCAGCUGUGCGUCAUGUUCUUGCUUGUCAUGAAGUCACAGCUCAAUGCCGCCAUUGCUGCUUCUUACAUACUGAUCAUCUGCCUAACACUGGCCAGUGGCACUAUCAGAUCGACCAAAGGACUCCCGGGUUGGCUGCAGGAGAACGCCAAGGGUGUACACACAAAGUACGCCAGCUCGCUUCUUCAUACGGCCACCUUUUUGGGACGCAAAAUGAACUGUACACCGGCCAACGGGAUCGUAUGUCCUGCGCCGGCCGAUUUUCUUAUGGAACGGCUGGGGCGUGCCAAUCCACAGGAAACGACCGAUAUCGCGGCCAGCAUUGCCUUUGCGCUGGGCUUGUGUGCAUUCAACAUGAUCCUGUAUCUGCUUCCCAUGCCACGGUUCGUGCGUCGGAAGUUCCGAGAGUAGGAGAAUGGGUCGUUUUAUUAUUUAAGGCAUCUCUGAAGUGGUAUUUUAUUUAGCGUAAGAUAAGCUAUAACAGUUUUAUGUCCGAAACGUUCGUUUUAAUAAAUUACAUUCCAGUAUGAAAAAAUAGAUA